AUCAUUGAGCUGCCAAAUUUGACAUUCACACAUCGCAAAACUGUGUGUGAAAAAUCGAGUCAAAAGAUUGUAAAGAAAAACUCUUUUUUUCUCUUCUUUUGCUCGACUUUUUGCGUUCAAUAGCCAACGCAGUUUUGAAAUUCUUUCAUUCAAAUGUGCACAAACAAAUGAAUUCUUGACGAUAAGUGAACGAAAUAAAGAGAGAGAGAGAAAAAUGCAAGCCCCAGUUCAGCUAGCACAGGAACCAUUGUCGUCAAAUUUCGAGCAACAGGGCCGUAAACAGAGUUUGGACGACAUCAAUUUGGAUCAAUUCCUCAAAAUUGCCAAUUAUGAAGAUACAGUUAAAGAGCUUGACGUGUAUUACGGAAUUGUGAAACGUCAAUUGCUUCAGUUUCAAAGUCCGAUCUCUGGUCUGUUUCCCGUUUUAUCAACUGAUACGGAGGUGGGCAGCGUACGUGAUAGUGUUUAUUGCGCUGCGGCCGUUUGGAGUCUUUAUCAAGCGUAUCGAAGAAUCGAUGACGAUCGAGGUAAAUCACAUGAACUCGGUCAAUCGGCCGUGAAAUGUAUGCGUGGCAUUUUGGAAUGCUGGAUAAAACAAGCAUAUCGUGUAGAACUAUUCAAACAACGUCAAUCCAAUCAACAUGCAUUACAUUCGAAAUUUCAUUUGCACACCGGCGAAGAAAUCUUCUCCGAUGACCUAUACAAUCAUCUUCAAAUCGAUGUGGUGUCAAUUUAUCUCAUUUUCUUGGUGCAGAUGAUUACGUCGGGUUUGCAAAUUAUUUACACUCAAGAUGAAGUAGCUUUCGUCCAAAAUUUGGUGUAUUACGUCGAACGGUCUUAUCGAACGCCGGAUUUUGGUAUGUGGGAACGCGGUUCAAAAUACAAUGAUGGAACACCAGAAAUCCAUGCAUCUUCAAUUGGAAUGGCGAAAUCCGCUCUAGAAGCUAUAAACGGCUGCAACUUGUUUGGCGAGAAAGGUGCUUCAUGGAGUGUUGUUUAUGUAGACAUUGACGCACACAAUCGAAACCGUAGCAUUUUCGAGACAAUGCUACCACGUGAAUCGAGCUCAAAAGGCGUUGAUGCCUCUUUAUUGCCAACAUUAACAUUUCCCGCUUUUGCAUCACACGAAGAACGGCUAGUUGAGCAGACCAAAGCCAAUGUGGUUAGUCGUCUCAAAGGAAAAAACGGUUUCAAACGAUUCAGCCGUGAUGGUUACUUGAGCCAGUUGGAAGAUAAAACCAGACGCUACUAUAAUGAGGGUGAAGUGAAAGAAUUCGAGGGAAAUGAAUGUGAAUGGCCGAUAUUCUACACAUUCAUGAUAAUUGAUGGCGUCUUUAGAAGCAACACGGAACAAAUUGAAGAAUAUCAAGACGAACUGAGGAAGUCCAUGUACGCCGACAGUAAUGGAGAUCCCGCGAUAACAAUGUUUUAUGCACCUGACGGCGAAGGUGGUUAUACAAAGGCUCCAGUUGGCCCACUUUUUUUAUGGGGUCAGGCAGUUUUCAUAAUCGCACAAUUGCUAACCUCAGGACUACUGCACAUCAAUGAAUUGGACACAAUUCGUCGCUACUUGCCAAGCUAUAACCGCCCAAGAAAAGGUGGUCGUUACUCAGCGUUCCAGGGAAAGCCAGGAGCUGUAUCAGCGAAGCCAGGAAUUGGUACAGCCACCGAUCUUGUCGUACAAAUUGUGCUUAUCGCUGAAUCUCAGAGAUUACAAGCCAUGAUGGCCACAUAUGGUAUUCAAACUCAGACACCGCAUGAGGUUGAACCAGUUCAAAUUUGGUCUUCAACGCAGCUCAUCAAAUUCUUCCAGCAGCUUGGAGUGAAUGAGAAAAUCGGAUUGACCGGUCGGCCAAAUCGUCCUGUCGGUUCAUUGGGUACUAGCAAAGUAUACCGUGUUUGUGGUAUGACUGUUCUAUGCUAUCCGUUGAUUUUUGAGUUUUCCGACUUCUAUCUAUACCGUGACAUGGCCUUGCUCAUUGAUGACAUAAAGACCGAAUUACAGUUUGUCGGAAAAUACUGGCGUUUAUCGGGCAGACCAACUGUUUGCCUACUCAUUCGUGAGGAACACAUGCGUGACCCACAAUUCAAAGAGAUGCUCGAUUUAUUUGCAAUGCUCAAGAAAGGCUAUUGUGAUGGGAUGAAAGUACGCAUUGGCCGCUUGCAAAAUUUGAUUUCCAGUUCAUGUAUGGAACACUUGGAUUUCAUGUCCACCAGUGAUUUGCCUGACACUGACGAGAGUAGCUUUAGUCAGAUAAAUCACGAAUACAUUGGAUAUCAGAGUUUGACUGAUGUGCCCAAAGCACAAUCGUAUAGCGAAGAGAAGGUUAUGUGUACGGAGUACAAUAAUCGCUCGUUACCCGAUAUCAUCGACGCAUUGCGACAAACAUCAUCGAUCUAUGUCCAAUGUCAAUUGUGGGGAAUAAUUUUCAAUCGCGAAGGCCCGAAUUACGAAGUGAACGGUGAAAGUGUAAUCAAUUCAUUGAAAGCGCUCUAUUACCGAGCCGGUACAUUGAGAUACUGGCGUGCUGUGCGUUACUGUAGCUCAUUGCUUCAUCACACUGUCGAUUCGAUCAGUCCUUUCAUCACUACGGUGUUGGUCAAUGGCAAACAGUUGACCGUGGGUGUAAUAGGUCAGAAAGAGACGGUAUUCGAUAAGCCAAUGACUCCAGCUGAAAUUCUAAAUGUAAUGUACACUUCGGUGCAGCCAUUCGAUGUGAUUCAGGCAGUAUUGCAACAAGAAGUUGUUCUUUAUUGUGGUCGCUUAAUUGCCACCAACCCGGAUAUGUUCAAGGGAGUGUUGAAAAUUCGCAUUGGUUGGGUUUUAGAAGCAAUGCGACUGUAUUUGAGUAUGUCCGGCCAAACGGCCGAUUUGGAUAAUUUGUCGCCAUUUUCGAUUCGAAUAUUGCUGCAACGAAUUCUCACCGUGAGCGAUUGGGCGAACGAUGAAAAGUUAACUGUUCUACAACGGCGUCAAUUGGAAGGUUGUUUGUGCCGUGUGCCAAAGCAAUUCUAUAGUUUGGUGUGGGAUGUGCUAGCACGAACACCAAAAGGAAUAUCAUUAGAAGGCCAUUUAAUUCCCACUGAACCAACACUGACCAGCAUGAGUCGAAGUGAAUUGGCAUUUUCGUUACUCGUCGAAGAGACAUUCAAUCAUAUCAUUCAGCCCGAACGACGACAAUUAUCUGUUGAGCUUUUGUGCAUCGUAGCAACCAUUUUAUCGCGUAAUCCGGAGCUACGCUUCAAAGAUAUACUCGAUUUGGAUGAUUUGCUCGAAGAAGCCUACAGCAUGUAUUGCAAAGAGAAACGAAUUCCGUUUACCAAAGACAUUUCGCCAUUGUAUUCGUUGAGCUACAGUGAAACAACUGGAUAUCUAGCACGUGCCACAGUCAAUACCAUUCUGCAGGGUGGUGUGCUGGCAGCACAACCAGAAGACGACGCUCAAGAUUUCGAAGAGGAAACUUGCCGAGUUUCAUGAAUCACUUUAUAUUAUCAAAAUCAAUAUUUAGUCCUUUUUAUUGUUAUGAAUUAUUUGUUUUUUGCUUUCACUCAUUCAAAUGAGAUCAUUUAGAAUUUAGACAAAAUUGACGUUAGAAAAUUGUUAAAGAUGAAAAAAAAUAUAUGUAAUUGAUAUAUAUAUGCCAUGUAGGAUUUAUUUACAUAUGGAUCAUGACACUAACUUUUAAGUGUGUAUUUUUUUUCCUUUGUUUGGAAUCCGUUUCAAAUACAUUAACAAAUAAAAUCAUAAUUUUUAUUUAUUUUAUCCGAAGAAA